UCAACCUCAAAUUCUUGCCACUUUCCACUCACCCACAAUCCCACAAGCAUGGCCAAAAUGAACAACAACAACAACAAGAUUCUACUAAACCACAUCUUCUCCAUUUUCAAAGAAACAAUAAACCUCUCAAUCCUUGCACUCCUCUUCUCCUUAGAAUCCAUAUUCAUCCUCCAAAAAUGGGGGCCAAUCUACCACACCCUCACCGCCCUAUCCUUCCUCCUCUUCACCAUUGCCAAACACCACCUCUCAAACCCUUCCCCACUCUACCUCGUCGACUUCUCAUGCCUCAAGCCCCCUAACCACUGCCGGGUGCCACGAUCCACCUACAUCGAACAUGUCAAAAUGCUCGACUUCUUAGACGAAGAGAGCGUCUCGUUCAUGGCCAAAGUCCUCAAACACUCCGGCCAGGGCGAGCAGACCUACCUCCCCCCGGCCAUCCACUUCAUCCCGCCAAAAUCAAGCCACCACGAAGCCACACAAGAGGUCCACAUGGCCCUCUUCCCCGUCCUCCAAGACCUCCUCUCCAAAACCAACACCUCCGCUACAGACAUCGACGUCCUCAUCGUCAACUGCAGCGGCUUCUGCCCCUCGCCUUCGCUGUCGUCCAUCGUGGUGAACAGAUUCGGCAUGAGGGAGGAUGUGAGGAGCUUCACCAUCAGUGGCAUGGGGUGCAGUGCAAGCGCGAUGGCGGUUGACAUGGCUGGGGACAUACUGAGGAGUCGUGGGGAAUCGAAUGCGGUGAUUCUGAGCACGGAGAUUCUGUCGACGGGGUGGUAUCCGGGGAGGGAUAGUGCGAUGCUGGUGCUGAAUUGCGUGUUUCGGAUGGGGGCGGCGGCGAUGCUUGUGAGCAACAAAAGGGAGGUGAGGAAAAGGGCCAAAUAUAGGCUGGUUUGCAGCGUGCGGACGCAGAGGGCGUUUGAUGAUAAGGGGUAUUAUUCGGCUUUUAGAGAUGAGGAUUCUGAUGGUUUUACUGGUGUUUGCCUCAACAGAGAUUUACUGCAGGUAGCCGGAGAAACCCUAAGAUCGAACAUAACAAUACUCGGAAGAAAACUCUUACCCUACACAGAAAUGAUCAUGUAUACAAUUUCCGUUAUGAAGAAGAAAUACAUUGACAAAUCGACGGAGAUCUACGUGCCCAAUUUCAAGAGCGUGGUGCAACAUUUUUGCCUACCGGUGUCGGGGAAGCCGCUGAUCAGGGAAAUAGGGAAGGGGUUGAAGCUUGGAGAAAGGGAAAUUGAAGCUGCAUUGAUGACAUUACAUAGAUUUGGGAACCAAUCUUCAUCUUCUUUGUGGUAUGAGCUUUGCUACAUUGAAGCAAAGGAAAGGGUUAAGAAAGGUGACAGGGUGUGGCAGUUGGGCAUGGGGAGUGGGCCCAAAUGCAAUAGUUUGGUAUGGGAAUGCAUUAGGCCCAUUGUUGGAGAGGCCCAAAGAGGAGUCUGGGCUGAUUGCAUAGUUAGCUACCCUAGAUAAGUUGAAUACAUCUUAGUCCAAUUUAGUAAUUUUUGGGGUCUUGAUAUAUGUCUAAAUUGAUGGAUUUGAUCUUCAUGUUUAUGUCCUACAUAUGUAGGUGUCUGUAAUCUGCCAACUGUAUUGUGCAAGGCUUUCUUUAGCUUUUUUGUUUA